AUGCCUCGAAUACCGCGGGUGCGGGGUCUAUCGUCCCUGCAAUCGGCCGUAGCGCCAUCGACAUCCGUCAAUCGCAUCCCCUUCGCCGCCCGCGCCGCCGCCCUCUCGACGUCGUCCCCCGCCCGCAUCGGCAAGAACACGGAAUGGGUCCGUGGUAAGCUCUGGAAGGGUGAGGCCCCCGGGCCUGAGGAUCCCUACACACAGCGUCCCGAGCCCGUGGACGAGUCGAACCUGCCGGAGGAGGCUUUGGAGUACCAGCCGCGGCGUGACCGGACCCCUCGAGCCAUCAAGGAAUCUCGUCUUGCUCUACCACCUAAACGCACAGAGGCCGCGACAGAGGAGGAGAUUCAGUCUGUCGACCCGUCCUACACACCGGCUACUACUAUCGAUGGUCUGGAGGAGAUUGAGCCGCUCAAGACGUGGUGGGAGCAGCCCGGACACUGGGGCGAGGAGAGCGAUUUCCGCGGCUUCGGCAGCGCCGACAAGGUGCAGGACAAGGCCGUGCUGGAGGUGUACCUGCGCCAGGCCCUCGUCGAGGCCCUCUCGUUGCAGGAGGCGGGUCUGCUCGAGGGAUUGGUGGCCAAGAAGUGGCGUCCUAGUGACAGGAGCGAGCUCGACCAGACACUGGCCGUGGACCUCCAGGUCCAGGAUGGAAAGGCUACGCUCAAGGGCGAUGUUUCGGCUGUCACUGGACGGUUGACGAGCGAGGCCGAGCAACCUGAGGAGGUGGCCAAGAUCUCCGUCGAGGAGGCUCAGGAGAUUGUCAAGGCGUGGGAUGCUUCAUGGAAGACUGUCACCCUCAACGACCACCUCAAGUUUGCCAUCCGCAAGCGUCUCUACCAACUCACCGGCCGCCUCAUCUCUGACGUCAAGCUCGGCGCCGCCCGCACACCCCACCAUUUCCUCGCCCUGACCAUCAACAACACCAAGCGCGGCAAGAAGCUGGCCGAGAUUCUCGAGGCCCGGACCGAGCUCCCCUCGCUACCCAACGUCAAGGUGCACAGCAAGAGGAUCGGCCCCAUUGACCGAGAGAUCGCCGUCGGCCGAUGGAAGGUCAUUGAGGAGGAGCUGCGGAAGCGUGAUCUGCCCGUUACUGGUACAGGUGGGCUGGGUAAGAAUAUGGAGCGUGAUUGGCUCACUGGCAAGGCUUGA